GUUUUUGUCUCUUUCCUCAUGUUUUUAUCCAUUUUUUUGCCUCUUAUGUUCUUUUCUCACAUUUCAUGUAUCUGGGGCAGUUCUGACUUCUUGAGAUAAACAGCUCUUGGGAGGAAGUGUGAACUGAGCAUUUCCUUUGGAAAGCACCACCAGCCUUUGUUGUUUAGGUGCUUUCAGUGCCUCCCUUUGGGGACAUUGUGCACAUCGUGGGUGACUUUAAUUCCUCCCUGCCUGCAAGGUUGAGGUGCCACAAUUGAUUUAUUUACCCAAUUUCUCUUCUGUUUGAUGGGAGCUGCACUGUUGGGGUGCAGUUCAUUGCUCAAGUGACCUGGAUGAGAGUUCUGCUCAUGCAGUGCCUCCUUCCCCCAUCUCACAUACAAAAUUCAGUCCUUUAGGCUGCUUUUGGAGCAGGUGAGUGGUGGUUUCCCCCCACAGAGAAGGUUUAGGGUGUUGAAAAUUCACCCAAUGUGGACAUUUCCCCUCAUCCCCUUCCAUCAGCUCCUCUGGAGCUGCAGCCUUGUCACCUUGGGAUGAUUUUAAUGCCACUAAAGGCUCUGUCCACUGGGAAAACUCAAAUAUUUGUGGUUGAAAUGGUUUCUUUUUUCCUUUUUAGGGACACUGCUUCCCAUCUAAAUCCCCCCAAGCUCUGACCUACAGACCUGACCAUCACUGUGGGGUGAAACUUCAGCUCCCACCCACAAGGGAUGAAAUAAAACUCCAGGAGUGAGGGAUGAGUUAAGUCUUCACAGCAUGUGAAGGGAAUAAUUCCUGGAGGGAAUCAUUCCUGCUCUCCAGCAGGAACCAUGGCAGGGAUUUCCUGGGCUGAGGGAGUUUCCAAUGGGACACAUUUCCCAAUUUCCAAUGGCACAAAAGCCAGCUCUGGAGGCGCUUUGGGGGCAGAUUUGCAGCACUCCCUGUUUGCUGUCAGCUACAGCACGGUGCUGGUGCUGGGGCUGGCGGGCAAUGCCCUGUCCCUGUCCCUGCUGUCCUGCAGAGUGAAGCCCCUGUCCCACUCCUACAUCCUCCUGUUGCAUCUGGCCCUGCUGGACACUCUGUUCCUCGCUGUGCUGCCUCUCCAGAUCCACGCCCAGCUGCUCGGGGACACCUGGACCUUUGGGGACACGGCCUGCAGGGUCACCCAGGCUCUGUGCUGCCUCCACGUGUCCCUCAGCGUUGCCUUUUUCGGCUGCCUCGGCCUGGAUCUGUGGCUGGCAGUGCUGCACCCCUUCACCUCCAUCCAGCUCAGGGCCACCCACUACAUGCUGGUGGCCGCAGCCCUGUGGGUGGUGGCCCUGGCUGCCACUGUCCCACUCGUGCUGCACAGCAGAGGGGUGAGGAGCUGCUUUGGGAACUUCCCUGGGAGCUGGGCUCACCCCACAGCCCCUCACACCAUCCUGGCUUUCAUUUUUGGGGUGGCUGUCCCAUUUUCCAUCAUCCUGCUGGGCCUGCCGCUGGUGGCCAGGAGCGUGUGGCAGAGCCGGCGCAGAGCUGCCAGGAGGAAGGCCCUGGGCACCAUCUCCAUCAUGCUGGGCAUUUGUGCCAUCUGCUUCCUGCCCCAGCACCUCACCCAGCUGCUGCAGUUCCUGCGGGGGAUCCAGGAGGAGCCGCUCCCCAGCCUGAUCCCCGAGAUCCAGAGGGUGACCGAGGCCUUGGCGAGCUGCAGCUGCUGCCUGAACCCCCUCCUGUACCACUUCCACUCCUCCAGCAGAGCCUGGCACUGCCCCUUCAGGUUCAGCCUCAGGUCCAAGAGGGUGUUCACCAUCUGUGAUCACAAUUUUGGGGACCCUUCCUGGGGCUACAAGUCGGGGCAGAGGCAUGGAAGGAAAAUCCACGGGGGAUGGAACCAACUGAUCCACUCCACGCUGUGGGAAAUCCUCCCAGCACUGGAGAGGGAUUGGUUUUAUCAGCCAAGCACAAUUAUGGAUAAAGGUUCUUGAUUGCCUGGAUAUUUUUUUAUCAAGCAGGAAAAAUCCCAGUGCUGGUGCCUGUCACUGCAGGAAUUGGACAAACACUGGAAUUCUUUUAUUAAAACCAAGCACAAAAAAGCAUUGACA